AUGAAAACUAUUUAUAAGUAUUCUCUCUUCAAGUCUUUUAGAGUUUAAAACCUAAAUUUAACAUUCAUUUUCUUGAUAGUGCUAGGACUCACACCAAUAAACACAAAGACAGAAUAAGAUAAUUUAAAAUACAAAGUAUAAAUACAUAACGUGGCAGAAGAAUAAAUAAGGAAUAAAGGAUUAGCUUUAAGUGGGCAUCUAGAUUAAUCAUACAAAUCAGAGCCACCAUUUUAAAGAAGGUAACUUGCCACCAAUACAUCAGCUCAGGAUUUAUAUACAUGUGGCUAAUGCAUUGACAAUAGAUUAGAUUAUUGUUAGCCAAAGUCUAAGGGCAUAUUUUUCUUGGAUACCAAAGGAGUAUGUGAGGACAGUUCGAUUCUCAAAGCUCUGUACCCCACUUCUCCAUAUUACUGCUCAGAUCAAUUUUACACUGUUUCCACUUAUGAGUUUUUUGCUUACUUCCCAUGCCCUUUCUUCACCCAGAAAUGCGGGAUGAAUACAAAUAUUCUCAAUAUGACUGAGAGCGAACAAAAUAUCGAGACAUCUCUACUGGAAUAGGGCGACGUUUGCGUAUUUGAAAUAAAUUACAAAGAGGUAGACAAUAAUCUUAAGAUCUGGCCCACCAAGUUAAGUAAUGUUGAAGUUACGAUCGCAGAUGGUUUCAACAAGCAUCCUUACUAGAUCGUCAGCAACUUUACCUUUAUUAGUUUACUUCUGAAGGAUGGAGAUGAGUUCGAGGUAGGUGAUGCCUGGUAUAAUAUGACAUAUGGAGGUAAGGCCUACUUGUUCAUAAAAGCUACUUCUACUUAUGGAUAAGCGAAGUUCACAUAUGGUUAGAAGAAUCUAAUUCCAUAAUGGGUUAUAAUUGUAAUCAUAGUCGGAAGUGUAGUGGUUGGCUUAGGCUGUCUGGCAAUCUGUUUCUGUUACGUACGUCGUUUGUAUAUAAAGAAAAGAUCACAGUCUAAGGUAUAAAAGUUCGGUGGCAGGUAGGAGACUAUAGAGGAAAGGAUAAGCAAGUAUAAAUAUAAGGGAAACAGUUAAAGAAAUACCCUAAUGACUUAGAACUUUGGGCCGCAAGAGAAGGCAUUUGACCCUGAUUUUGAUUACAAUGACAAAGAAAAGCUACAGGCUAAUUAGCCCCUAUAAUAGAAUUACGAUUUCAGUAAUCUACAAGACUCUACUCAAUCAAAUAUAGUAAAUUAAUACCAGAAUAAUAGCAACGACAACUAUUAACUUCCAGGUUAAUUAUGA